GGCCCUCAGAAAAUAUCUGAAAAGCCUGAUCCCCUGGAGGACAGGUCCCCUAAACAUUAUUAUAUAAAAGCAGCUUUAUGUCUACUGUAUAUUAUGUGAUUUAUUAUUUACUGCAAUUUCUGUCUUUUACAUUGUACUUUAACGUAAGGGGAUUUAUGCAUUAUGCUAUUCCAAAGUUUUGAGAAACUUCCCACAAGUAGGCUACAUAAUAGCACGAGCAUUGUGCUCACUGAGCUCAUUAUACAUUUUAAAAUUUUUUUUUUUAAUAAUAAGCCUUAUCAUGGACUACAUCAAUAACUUAUUAUUGAUUCCUCUAAAACGAUCCAAUUAAAACUCUUUACUGCUUCAUCCCGAGAGUCCAUUGGCUGACAGCUGUUCUCGGGUAUCCACGGCCCCGCCUCCAUCUGUCAGGCACUGCGCUGCUAUAGCACUGUGUGACUGUUGAUGUACUGUAGUGAGAUACUACUCCUUAACUUUAUACGCAGACUUGGUUGUACUUUUCCUAAAAACAGAAUAAUAUUUGUAAGCAGAGCUCAUGCAAGACGCGUGCGUAUCCAAACUUCACCGUCUUGAAUAUUUCCCUCCACUUUCCCAAGCCCUCUUUUGCAGUAUGAAGUGCAGUUAUGGCAAGGAGUAGCAAGUCAGUAGCGAGGACCCUGGAGGAUUUGACGCUAGACUCGGGUUAUGGUGGAGCCGCCGACUCCUUCAGAUCUUCCAGUGCGUCGCUGUGCUGCUCUGAGGCACAUGGGGGGAAUCACUGGCAUUUAACCGACUCGAUGCACAGUCGACACAACAGUCUGGACACUGUUAACACGGUCUUGGUCGAAGACGCCGAGAUCCUGGAGAGCACCGGGCAGUGCGCUAAACUACCCGAGCUUGAGGAUGUGCCGUGGAGCCUCGGGGAAGUGGCGAGCGCGCUGAGCAGGGACGAGGAGAUGACUCUCCCGACCCCCCCGCAGGACGUCCUGCUCAGGCUCUCGGUGCUGGUCAGCCGGGUCCUGGUCAGGGUCGCAAAAGAGUCGCAGCGCCUGAGUUUGCGCUACGCCAAAUGCACCAAAUACGAGAUCCAAAGUGCCAUAAAGAUCGUCUUGUCGUGGAGCGUCUCGAUGAGCUGCAUCAGCGCGGCCCUCAGUGCCUUGUCCCUGUACAACAUGAGCACGGAGGAGGACAAGUUCAGCCGCGGUAAGUCGGUGCGCUGCGGACUCAUCUUCAACGUGGGGAAGUUCUUCAGGUGGAUGGUCGACAGCAGGGUCGCGGUCAGGAUCCACGAGCACGCAGCGAUCUACCUGGCUGGGUGCAUGGAGAGCCUCUUCCGCGAGGUGUACGCGCGGGUGCUGCGCAGCGCGCUGCUGGAGCGGGAUAACGGGAUCCCCAAGUUCACUGUGGAGACCCUGGAGCAGGCCGUCAACACUGACGCAGAGAUAUGGGGGUCUCUGCAGCUCUGGCAACACCUGAUCUGUGGGAAGAAUGCAAGCGGUGUGCUCAGCCUACCUGAGGGUCUGACUCUUCACAGGGACCAGCAGCUGCUGCAGCAGCGAGCGGGGAAGAGCGGAGAUGGAAACGCCUACAGUCAGUCUGAGCUGCGCUCCAUUGAACAGUGUUUACUGGCUACAAGAGUGGGCAGCAUCUCUGAACUCAGUGACCUGGUGUCCCGGGCCAUGCACCACCUACAGCCAUUGUACAUGAAGAACCACAACAAUGGGACGCCGAUCCACCAGAAGAGCAGUGUGAUCCACUGGGCGCCCGAAGCGAUCUACACGCUGUGUUACUUCAUGCACUGCCCUCAGAUGGAGUGGGAGAACCCCAAUGUUGAGCCCUCGAAGGUUACCUUACAAACAGAGAGGCCGUUCAUGGUGCUCCCGCCUCUGAUGGAGUGGGUGCGCGUGGCUGCGGUUCACACCGAACACAGACGUAGCUUCUCUGUGGACAGCGAUGAUGUUCGGCAGGCUGCCCGGCUGCUGCUGCCCGGAGUGGACUGCGAGCCCCGCCAGCUCCGAACGGAUGACUGCUUCUGUGCCUCGAGGAAACUUGACGCUGCCUCUACUGAAGCAAAGUUCCUGCAGGACCUGGGCUUCCGUAUGCUAAGCUGUGGACGCACAGACUUGGUGAAGCAAGCUGUGAACUUGCUGGGGCCCGAUGGUAUCAACAGCAUGAGUGAGCAGGGGAUGACCCCGCUGAUGUACGCUUGUGUCCGUGGAGACGAGGCCAUGGUACAGAUGCUACUGGAUGCGGGGGCUGAUAUUAACAGCGAGCUGCUGCUGGAUGCCAAAGCCAACGUGGAGGGAUCCCUGCAGGAUGGGAUGGAGAACUACACAGAGACCCCGCUGCAGCUGGCUGCUGCUGCAGGUAACUUUGAGCUCGUGAGUUUGCUGCUGGAGCGGGGGGCGGACCCCAUGGUGGGAACCAUGUACCGCAAUGGCAUCUCCACCACGCCGCAGGGAGAUAUGAACUCCUACAGCCUGGCAGCAGCUCAUGGACACAGAAAUGUGUUUCGUAAGCUGCUGUCCCAUACAGAGAAAGGGAAAGGGGACGUCUUAUCCCUGGAAGAGAUCCUGGCAGAGGGUUCGGAACUGGAAGGUAGAAGUCCGUCUCAGAUUGACCUGAUUCGAAGUGGGAAGGCCAAACUUAAAGCCCUGAAAGAAGCCAUGUACCAUAGCUCAGAACAUGGGCAUGUAGACAUCACCAUAGAUAUACGGAGCCUCGGGGUUCCAUGGACUUUGCACACUUGGAUGGAGUCUCUGCGCACAUGUUUCCAUCAGCACCGCAGACCCCUGAUCCAGGGUCUUUUGAAAGAGUUCAGCUGUAUCGAGGAAGAGGAGUACACUGAGGAACUCAUCACACAUGGCCUGCCUCUCAUGUUCCAGAUCCUCAGAGCCAGCAAGAAUGAGGUGAUCAGCCAGCAGCUGUCUGCAAUCUUCACCCAGUGUUACGGCCCUUACCCCAUCCCCAAACUGGCAGAGAUCAAGAGGAAGCAAUCGUCACGCCUGGAUCCUCACUUCCUGAACAAUAAGGAGAUGUCAGAUGUGACCUUUUUGGUGGAGGGGAAGCCUUUUUACGCCCACAAAGUCCUGCUCUUCACAGCUUCCGGCAGGUUUAAAUCUCUUCUAGCGAACAGACCUUGCGGUGAAAACACGUGCAUUGAAAUCAGCAAUGUCAAAUAUCACAUUUUUCAGCUGGUGAUGCAGUAUCUCUACUGUGGAGGAGCAGACGCUCUGCACAUCAGGAACACUGAAAUUAUGGAGCUUCUGUCUGCAUCCAAGUUCUUCCAGCUGGAGGCGCUACAGAGGCACUGUGAGAUUAUCUGCACCAAGAACAUUAACACUGAAACGUGUGUCGAGAUCUACAACCACACCAAGUUUCUUGGUGCUCCAGACUUGGCGUCCUAUAUAGAGGGCUACUUCCUAAAGAACAUGUUAAUCCUGAUUGAGUUGGAGCCAUUCAAACAGCUGCUGUACGACAUGCCUCCAGAUAGCCCUGGCUCGGACAUCCUGCAGGACCUGGAGAAAACCUUAGCCAUCCGCAUCCAGUCCAUCCACCUGUCCUCCUCCAAGGGAUCCAUUGUGUGAUCUGCUCCUGAACACAGGAACAGAGAAUAUUUAGCAGAGACAUGACACUGUUUUGUGAUGAGAGAGAGAAAAAAGACUUGUGGACUGUCCAAUUACGAUCUUUGUCUCUGUGAAGCUCAUCAGUUGCUAAAAUGCUUCUUAUUAUCUUAGCACAGAUGUUCUGUCUGCCUUGUUGAUAUCUGUCAACUAUGAAUUACAGUUACAUACAAUGACUGUCAUAAGAUAGCUGUAUGCCACAAUUUGCCAAUAACAUCACAACACUGUAACAAUGUCCCUCAUUCAGUGAGACUAUCUCAGCUAAGUAGUACAGUAUGUGUGUAACAUGUUGAACUAAAUGCAUCAGGUGGGACUACGGCAACUCAUAAGGAGAUUUGAAACCAACUGAAACAGUCAGAGCAUCUGAAUACAUGAAUACAAUGUGUUGAGACGAUGAACAACUUCAGCGUAAUGUGAUAAGCCAUCAGUGUAUACCUUCCUGGCUGUGUGAGGAAGAACUGCUGUGAUUAUUUGCUUAAACUUGUGGACCUGUACAGAGUAAUUAAUUUGUAUAUUUGUCAGUCACUUUGCAUUAUCUGUGCUUAUUACUCUUUAAAGCCAAACAAGACAAACAACUGACAAGUACCUGUAAUGUGACUGAUGCAAAAGUGGGACUUUCACCACGUGACUUUGGGCAGCACGGGUGGGAAAGAGGACUUUUUUCUUCCUCCCCUAUUACUGUGUAAAUAUUGUUCAUAAAAAACAGAGCUAUUGAUAAUGUAAGUUAAUGUAUAUACUAUAUCCAUGGAUGUUUUUCUCAUGUGUCUUAUUGUUGGAUAUCGCUGUAAAAACAAGAAGCUCAUCUUUUAAAUAUCUAUGUUUAAAUGUUGCAUGACAGAGG